UUUCAUCAUUCAACCCGGUCCAUGCUUCUCUCUGCUUGUAGCGCAUCAUCAGCACUGCUGAGGGCCACCUCUCUUCUCCCCUCCCUGUCUCUUUUGAAUCGGGUUCGAUUCGUCACCCACUCCCUCCGAUAUAGACCGUUUUCCACUUCGGUCUGCCUGUGCAAGAAAAACAAUAGGAAGCCGAGGUUGUGGCUGCAGCAGACAGAAGGACAAACCAUGGCCGGCAACACCGAGGAGAUUUUGGCCCCAUUUAGACUUGCAGUCAAAGAACAGGGAGACCUGGUGCGCCAGAUGAAGCAGGAUGGCGCUCCUGAUGUGGAUAUUGCUAAGGCAGUCGCUGAACUAAAAGCAAGGAAGAGGAAUCUGGAAGCGAAGGAGCUUGCGUUGCAACCCAAAGAUGAUAUUGUUGACAGAGUCAAGCUGGAGGACACGCUGAAGAGGCGAUUCUUCUAUGACCAAGCCUUCGCCAUCUAUGGAGGGGUCAGCGGGCUGUUUGAUUUCGGCCCGGUUGGCUGUGCUCUGAAGAACAACUGCCUUCAAGAAUGGAGGAAACAUUUCAUUCAGGAGGAGCAGAUCCUGGAGAUUGACUGCACCAUGCUGACGCCUGAAGCAGUUCUCAAGACAUCGGGACACGUGGACAAGUUUGCUGACUACAUGGUGAAGGAUGUGAAGAAUGGUGAAUGUUUCAGAGCUGACCACCUCCUCAAAGCUCAUCUCCAAAAGCUGAUGUCUGACAAGAAGUGCCCUGCUGAGAAGAAGGCAGAGAUGGAUAAUGUCAUCACUCAGAUGGACAACUACACGCAGCAGGAGCUGACCGAUCUCUUUGUGACGUACAAUGUCAAAUCGCCCAUCACAGGAAAUGACCUCACACCUCCUAUCUCCUUUAACUUGAUGUUCCAGACUUCUAUUGGACCUGGAGGGAACAUGGCAGGCUAUUUGCGGCCUGAAACUGCUCAGGGAAUCUUCCUCAACUUCAAACGUCUGUUGGAGUUCAACCAGGGCAAACUUCCCUUUGCAGCUGCACAGAUAGGAAACUCCUUCAGGAAUGAAAUCUCUCCACGCUCUGGACUCAUCCGAGUUCGGGAGUUCACCAUGGCUGAGAUUGAGCACUUUGUGGACCCAAAUGAGAAAGUUCACCCUAAAUUUUCCAAUGUAGCCGACCUGGAGAUCACGCUGUACUCCUCUAAAGCUCAGACCAGUGGCCAGUCCGCUCAGAUCAUGAGGCUCGGCGACGCAGUGGAGCAGGGAGUGAUCAACAACUCCGUCCUGGGGUACUUCAUCGGGAGGAUCUACCUCUACCUGACUAAAGUGGGAAUAGCCAAAGACAAGUUGCGGUUCCGUCAGCACAUGGACAAUGAGAUGGCUCAUUAUGCUUGUGACUGCUGGGAUGCUGAAACCAAAACUUCCUAUGGUUGGAUUGAGAUUGUGGGCUGUGCUGAUCGUUCCUGCUUCGAUCUCAAAUGCCACUCUCAAGCCACCAAGGUGCCUCUGGUUGCAGAGAAGCCACUAAAAGAACCCAAAGUUGUGAAUGUCGUCCAGUUCGAGCCCAACAAAGCGGCCAUUGGAAAGGCGUACAAGAAGGACGGAAAGCUUGUCACGGAGUACCUGGCGACGUGCGACGAAGCUUUCAUCGCAGAGAAGGAGCAGCAGCUCAAUGAAACUGGAGAGUUCACCAUCGAGACUGGAGACAAGACGUUUACUCUCAAAAAGGAAAUGGUGACCGUGAAGCGGUUCCAAAAGACGUUGCACGUCGAGGAAGUGGUUCCGAAUGUCAUCGAGCCAUCGUUCGGUAUCGGCAGAAUCAUGUACACCAUCUUCGAACACACAUUCCACAUCCGAGAAGGGGAUGAGCAAAGAACAUAUUUCAGCUUUCCUGCCACUGUAGCUCCCUACAAAUGCUCCGUCCUCCCUCUGAGUCAGAACCAGGAGUUCGCCCCCUUCGUGAAGGAACUCUCCGACGCCAUGACCAGAUUCGGCGUCUCCCAUAAGGUGGACGAUUCCUCAGGAUCCAUUGGGAGGCGCUACGCCAGGACGGAUGAGAUCGGCGUGGCCUUUGGCAUCACCAUCGACUUCGACACUGUGAACAAGACACCGCACACAGCUACACUAAGAGAUCGGGACACCAUGAGGCAGAUCAGAGCCGAAGUCUGCGAGUUGCCUUCCAUUGUUCGGGAUUUGGCAAAUGGAGUCAUAACCUGGGCGGAAGUUGAAAGCAAGUAUCCCAUCUUUGAAGGACAGGAGACCAGCAAGCGGGACAACGUGGAAGAGUGAACCCAUUUUCAAAAUACAAAUGUACAAAAAAGAAAAAAAAAAAAAAAAACACGGACUUGUUGCAAAAGCAUCACCAGGAGGAAUCAUGCAAGUGUGUUGUGAUAAGCUACAGCGGUGUCACAAGCGCCUCACUCGCCGCUGCAAUCCGUCAGAUAUCAUGUACUUAUUAUGUCUAACUGGCAAGGACAGAGCUGCACGACUUUUGUGUCGGCGUCCAUGUUUGAACUUGUCCAUGCGAUUUCUAUAAAGGGAGAGACCAUUGGACGUGCAGGGGUUUCGGUGAGGAAGAGGCUUCCACCAUUCUGCUCUCCAGCCAGGUUCGAUCGUUUAGCAAUUUCAAUAAAACAAGCCAGCACUUACUGGACACGUGACAACUGCUGUUUUCUGUCACCACUUCAUAAGGUCAGUAACGUGGCUGAAACUGCCUGAACAAGUUCCCCUGUGAAUGAAUCGAUGCUGUGUUGGGAUUUGAUGAUGCUAAUAGUCGGUAUUAAAGACGGACGAAAGGUUGUGUAUUGGUCAGUGUUCCAUUGGACAUCUCAAGAGGGGAAUUCGGCUGGAGACGCAGUUUUCUGCAGCAGCAAUCCCACAUGGUUUCGUGUCACAAGAGUUGGCGGUUGGCCACUAGAUGUCACCAGACCACUCGGCAUACGUGAUGUCGCGUGCUCGCUGUUGCUUGACGGAAAUACGAGUGGCCGGGUAAGUUUUGAGUCAUCAGAUAAUUCACCUUGAAACUGUGAUCCUUGGUAAGACCUCACCGACAUUUGACUGUAAAAAAAAACAGAUUUAUAUUGGUAUAAAUUAUUUUACGUUUGACUCAACGGCCGUCUCCUCCGUCUUUUACGUAGUUGUCAUGUUUAUCAUACAAACAAUAACAUAAGCGUCUGAUGUAUACAUAAAUACACAUCCGCCGAUACAAUUUAAAAACAUGCCAACAAAUGAUUAUGAAUAAGAAUAAAGACAAUCUAAUCUAAACCAAUCUACAAAAUAAAGUAUAAAUACAUUAUUAAUUAAAAAUGAAUCUGAAUACAUAUUCAUGGUA